CCUUCCUCCCCCCCAUCCCAUCACCACCAAAGCAUUCCACAAAAUCAACAAGCAAUCCAACGCCGAGGAGAUCGAUCAGCGAGCGAGAAUGGAGGGCAGGAUGUUCGGGCUGGAGACCCCGCUGAUGACGGCGCUGCAGCACCUGCUGGACAUCCCGGACGGCGAGGCCGGCGGAGUCGGUGUGGCCGGCGGCGAGAAGCAGGGCCCGACGCGCGCCUACGUACGCGACGCGCGCGCCAUGGCAGCCACCCCCGCCGACGUGAAGGAGCUGCCGGGCGCGUACGCUUUCGUGGUGGACAUGCCGGGGCUCGGAUCCGGCGACAUCAAGGUGCAGGUGGAGGACGAGCGGGUGCUGGUCAUCAGCGGUGAGCGCCGGAGGGAGGAGAAGGAGGACGCCAAGUACGUGCGGAUGGAGCGACGCAUGGGCAAGAUGAUGCGCAAGUUCGUGCUCCCCGAGAACGCUGACAUGGAGAAGAUCGCGGCCGCGUGCCGCGACGGCGUGCUCACCGUCACCGUCGAGAAGCUGCCGCCGCCCGAGCCUAAGAAGCCCAAGACCAUCCAGGUCCAGGUCGCCUGAAAAUGAGAUGCAUGGUGUGUGCGCGUCGAAUCGAAGCAGAGUAUUGAGUGGGUAGCGAGUUUGCUGUGAUGAGUGGUGGAGUGUCAGUCUUUUCGUUUCGUCUGCUAGAGGAGGGUGUGUCGUCGGUUCGUGCGCAGGUGGUGAUGGUUUGAUGUUUCGGUAAUGGAAAUGGGGAUGUUCUCCGGUUAAUUCUGAGUAAAACAUGCGUAUCUCUUGGCCA